GAAACAAUGACCUUCUGAUGAGGGUGUGGCCUGGAAAACGGCUUUUAGACAAAACUGUCAUUUUGUGGGUCAGCUCUAAGUGGACACAGCCCUUCUGCUGGCUUCAGAAUAAUGUCGCCCAGACCCCUUUCCUGUUUAAUGCACCCCUGAAAGACCUAGUACCUGAUCCAGGCCCUGGCUUCUCCUCAGCCUUGGAGGAAGAAGAGAAGGUCUAUCUGGGAACUGUUUGCUAUGACCAUAAACUCCUGAACACUUGCCUUGAACAUGAGCACUCGAAGAGAAGAAUCCCAGGACCGGGCCAUCGUCAGAAUAGCCGCGCAUUUACCAGACCUCAUUGUCUAUGGAGACUUCUCUCCAGAGCGACCCUCUGUGGAUUAUUUUGAUGGUGUCCUGAUGUUUGUUGAUAUUUCAGGUUUUACUGCAAUGACUGAGAAGUUCAGCACAGCCAUGUACAUGGACCGAGGGGCUGAGCAGUUGGUGGAAAUCCUCAACCACUACAUAAGCGCAAUAGUCGAGAAAGUGUUGAUUUUUGGAGGAGACAUCUUAAAAUUUGCAGGUGAUGCACUACUCGCCCUGUGGAAGGUGGAGCGAAGGCAACUGAAAAACAUUAUCACGGUGGUAAUUAAAUGUAGCCUGGAGAUCCACGGAUUGUUCGAGACUCAGGAGUCCGAAGAAGGCCUGGAUGUCCGAGUCAAGAUAGGACUGGCUGCUGGCCAUAUCACCAUGCUGGUCUUUGGAGAUGAGACACGCAACUUCUUUCUGGUGAUCGGUCAGGCGGUGGACGACGUGCGCCUUGCCCAGAACAUGGCACAGAUGAACGAUGUCAUUCUGUCACCAAACUGCUGGCAGCUCUGUGACCGGAGCAUGAUCGAAAUUGAGAGGAUUCCAGAUCAGAGAGCAGUUAAGGUGAAUUUCUUAAAGCCGCCUUCUACUUUUAACUUUGAUGAAUUUUUCACCAAGUGUAUGACUUUCAUGGAUUAUUACCCUUCUGGUGACCAUAAAAACCUCCUGAGGCUUGCGUGCAUGCUGGAGUCCGAUCCUGAGCUAGAGUUGUCGCUCCAAAAGUAUGUGAUGGAAAGCAUAUUGAAGCAGAUCGAUGACAAACAGCUUCGGGGUUACCUGUCGGAGCUUCGCCCUGUGACCAUUGUGUUCGUGAACCUGAUGUUUAAGGACCAAGAGAAGGCAGAAGUCAUCGGCUCGGCCAUCCAGGAUGCCUGUGUGCACAUCAAUUCUGUCCUGAGGGUCUCCCGAGGCCAAAUCAACAAAGUCUUCAUGUUUGACAAGGGCUGCUCCUUCCUCUGUGUCUUUGGUUUCCCUGGGGAAAAGGCUCCUGACGAGGUCACUCAUGCCUUGGAAAGUGCUAUGGAUAUAUUUGACUUCUGCUCUCAGGUUCACAAAAUCCAUACCGUUUCCAUCGGCGUGGCCAGCGGGAUCGUCUUCUGUGGAAUCGUAGGACACUCUGUGAGGCAUGAAUACACAGUGAUUGGCCAAAAAGUCAACAUAGCUGCCAGGAUGAUGAUGUACUACCCAGGAACCGUGACUUGUGACUCCGUCACCUACAAUGGCAGCAACCUCCCAGCCUACUUUUUCAAAGAGCUUCCAAAGAAAGUCAUGAAAGGUGUUGCGGACCCCGGACCCGUCUAUCAGUGUUUGGGACUGAAUGAGAAAGUCAUGUUUGGUAUGGCAUACCUCAUCUGCAACAGAAAUGAGGGCUACCCUUUGCUGGGACGUGAUAAGGAGAUCAAAUACUUCAUGUGUAGUAUGAAGGAAUUUUUGGUGUCCAACUGCAGCCGAGUCCUAAUGUACGAAGGAUUAUCAGGAUAUGGAAAAAGCCAGAUACUUAUGGAAAUUGAGUAUCUGGCCCAAGGUGACAACCACAGGACUAUCGCUAUCGCGUUGACUAAGAUCAGCUUCCAUCAAAAUUUUUAUACCAUCCAGAUAUUCAUGGCCACUGUACUAGGUCUCGAUACUUGUAAACAUUAUAAAGAACGACAGACCAACCUUCAAAAUAAAGUCAAGACACUGUUGGACGAGAAAUUCCACUGCCUUCUGAAUGACAUCUUCCACGUCCGGUUCCCUAUUUCACGAGAGGUUUCCAAGAUGACCACCUUCAGAAAGCAAAAGCAGUUGGAAGCACUGUUUAUGAAGAUCUUGGAGCAAACCGUGAAAGAGGAAAGGAUUAUUUUCAUCAUCGAUGAGGGCCAGUUCAUCGACGCAGCCUCCUGGUCCUUCUUGGAGAAGCUUAUCCGGACUAUUCCUAUCUUCAUCAUCAUGUCCCUGUCCCCCUUCGUUGACAUACCCUGUGCGGCUGCCAGCGCCAUAAUGAAGAACAGGAACACCACCUACGUCACCCUCGGAGCCGUGCAGCCUAAGGAUAUCCGCAACAAGGUCUGCCUAGACCUCAAUGUCAGGGGCAUCCCCAAAGAACUGGACACGUACCUAGUGGAGGGAAGCUGUGGGAUCCCAUUUUACUGUGAAGAAUUGCUAAAAAACCUUGACCAUCACAGGGUACUCAUUUUCCAGCCAAUGGAGGUGGAGAAAAAGACCAAUAUGACCUGGAAUAACCUGUUCAAGAAUUUUAGUAGGCCAACAGAGGAACUAAAUAUUUUUACUCUCGGUAACAAGGAGGGAAAUGAGGAAGUCUGUAACCUCGCUAGUGGUGUCAUAUUGAAAAACUUGUCACCUCCAGCAUCAUUAAAAGAAAUCUCUCUGGUUCAGCUGGAUAGCAUGAGUCUCUCCCACCAGAUGUUAGUGAGAUGCGCGGCCAUUAUCGGCCUGACCUUCACCACGGAGCUGUUGUUCGAGGUUCUCCCUUGUUGGAACAUGAAGAUGAUGAUCAAGGCCCUGGCCACUCUGGUGGAAUCCAACAUCUUCGAUUGCUUCCGGAAUGGCAAGGAGCUCCGAAUGGCUCUAAGACAGAACGCGGCCUCGUUUGAGGUCAACUAUCGCUCCCUGUCUCUGCAGCCCAGCGAAGGGCUGGCCCACGGUGAGGAGGAAGAGCUCCGCGAGCUGGAAAGCGAGGUGAUCGAGUGCCACAUCAUCCGAUUCUGCAGGCCUAUGAUGCAGAAGACGGCCUAUGAGCUGUGGCUGAAGGACCAGAAGAAAGCCAUGCACUUGAAGUGCGCCCGCUUUUUAGAGGAAAAUGCCCACAGGUGUGACUACUGCCGAAGCGGCGACUUCAUCCCCUGUCACCACUUCACGGUGGACAUUCGGCUCAACACUUUGGACCUGGAUACUAUUAAGAAGAUGGCCAAGUCCCGCGGAUUUACAACUGAAGAAGAGAUCACCUUCUCCAAAAUAGAGACCCCUAAGAAAUCCGAGCUAUUUGCUGAAAACCUCAGUCCUGAAGAAAUAAAAGAAAAGAUCUUGAGUUUCUUCGACAUCGUUAUAACAAAAAUGAGGACAUCCGAGGAAGACAUCAUCCCUCUGGAGUCUUGCCAGUGUGAGGAGAUCCUAGAGAUGGUCAUCAUGCCUCUGGCCCACCAUUUUGUGGCUUUGGGAGAAAACAACAAAGCCUUAUAUUACUUUCUAGAAAUUGCAUCCGCUUAUCUCAUCUUGGGUGAUAAUUACAUGGCCUACAUCUAUUUGAAUGAGGGGGAGAGGCUGCUGAGGACGCUCAAGAAAGACAAGUCGUGGAGUCACACUUUUGAGUCCGCCACCUUUCACAGCCUCAAAGGCGAGGUCUGUUUCAAAAUGGGCCACAUGGUGCUUGCCAAGAAAAUGCUGCGGAAGGCACUGAAGCUUCUCCACCGAAUCUUUCCUUACAACUUAAUCUCCCUGUUUCUCCAGACCCAUGUUGAGAAAAACAGACACUUUUACUACCUAAAUCAACAGGCCCAAGAGAGCGCACCUCCAGGGAAGAGGAGGCUGGCGCAGCUUUACAGGCAAACCGCCUGCUUAUCCCUGCUGUGGCAGAUAUACAGCCUAAAUUACUUUUUUCACUACAAGUACUACGGCCAUCUGGCAGCUAUGAUGCAAGUAAAUACCGCACUGGAAACCCAAGACGAUUUUCAGAUCAUUAAGGCCUACCUGGAUUAUUCACUGCACCACCAGCUGGCCGGCUACCAGGGCGUGUGGUACAAAUAUGAAAUCAUGGCCAUGGAACAGAUCUUCAACCUCCCCCUGAAAGGCGAGGGCAUUGAAAUCGUGUCAUAUGUGGCUGAUAAACUGGGCUACACCAAGCUUUUAAUGGGUCACUUGGACUUGGCCAUUGACUUAGGCUCUCGAGCCCAGAAGAUGUGGGCACUGCUCCGAAAUCCUAACAGGCGGUAUAUGGUCCUCUGCUGGCUUAGUAAAUCUCUCUUCUUGAAAAACAGAAACAAACAAUUGAUCCAAGUGCUGGGGUGGCUGUGGGACCUUUCUAUAUCAGAAGAGCACAUCUUCAGCAAGGCUUUUUUCUAUUUCGUCUGCCUGGACCUCAUGCUUUAUUCCGGCUUUGUUUAUAAGACAUUUGAAGAAUGUUUGGAAUUCAUAUACCAAAAUGAAGACAACAGAAUCCUCAAAUUCCAAAGUGGAAUCCUCCUGGGACUUUACUCGAGUAUAGCUAUCUGGUAUGCCAGGCUUCAGGAAUGGGACAACUUUCGCAUCUUUUCCAGUAGAGCUAAAAACCUAGUGCCAAGAAGAACCCCGACAGCUCUUUACUAUGAAGGAAUCAGUAGGUACAUGGAAGGGCAAGUCCUCUACCUUCAAAAGCAGAUUGAGGGGCAGUCUGAGAACGCUCAGGACAGUGGAGUCGAGCUGCUCAAGAACUUGGAGAGCCUGGUGACCCAGAAUACCACUGGCCCUGUCUUCUACCCGAGGCUUUACCACCUGAUGGCCUACGUCUGUAUACUCAUGGGAGACGGCCAGAACUGUGACCUGUUCCUGAACACAGCCUUACGGCUCUCUGAAACACAGGGGAAUGUGCUGGAGAAAUGCUGGCUGAACAUGAGCAAAGAAUGGUGGUACUCAGACUCCGAGUUAAUGGACGACCAAUGGCUUCAAACAGUCUCGAAUCUCCCCUCCUGGGAAAAAAUUGUAUCGGGCAAGGUAAACAUGCAAGAUAUUCAAAAAAACAAAUUCCUGAUGAGAGUUAAUAUCCUGGACAAUCCUUUCUAACCUUUCGUGAAAAAGAACAAAGAUUUCAGUAAGGCUCCCUCUCUUGGAUGAUCCAUUAAUAACCUUUCUCUGGAACCAGCACCCUCCAGGUUCCUGCGUAUUCUCUUCCAUUCCAGACACCGAGGCAGACGCUCCGGGUUCUUCUUUCUUUUUCUGGAGGGUCAGAAAGGGUCAGCAGCCUCAUGCUUACUUUCUCCUAGCUUUACCCAAACUGUACCUGCCUUUCAUUUUUCAACUCGACCUGUUCAUUUCAGCCCAGGCAAAAUGUGUGUCCUGUGGAAAAAUAUGAAUAUCAAAAUGGUUCAUGCAGCGACAGAUACAUUUCUAGUUACUCUAUUAAACUGAAAAUGUUUAUUUUUA